AUGGGGAAACGCCGGCUGUCCACGGUGCUUCCCGGAGCACUUCUGCCUGCCCAGAGUUCCUUGGAAGAGGGGGCCCUCGCAGACCUGGCGGCGUACACGGCUGCCUGUCUGGACGAGGCUGGCUUUGCGGGAACGCAGCGAACAGCACUCACCCUGUCCUCAGCCCUGGAGGCCGGCGGGAGCGGCUGGAGGACCAGACUGGACCAGUGACGUCCCCGCCAAGUACACAGCCUUGUGCGGGGGCUGCUGGCACAAGUGCCCAGCCUGGCGGAGUGGAGGCCCCAGUGGGUGGCCCUGCAAGUGCGGAGCACACGGGCCCUGGAGCACUCUCCGGACGUGGUGUGUGCACUGCCGCCGUGCUCACUGCCCCCGGGACGGGCAGCAACCGAGCUUUGGCGCAGCCUGAGUCAGAACCAGCGCAUGAAUGGGCAGGUGCUGGUGGAGCUGCUGUGGGUGCUAAAGGGCUCGGCCAGAUCCCAGCUGGGGGCACUGGCGGCCUCUCGUGCCCUUGGGGAGACGCUGGCUGUGUCCGGCUGCGUGGGUGCCACGCGGGGCUUCUACCCGCACCUUCUCCUUGUGAUGGUCACACAGCUACACGAGCUGGCCCGGGACCCGUGCCCCCCUGACAUCCCCAAGGUCUGAGCCCCAUCCCACCAGGUACCGUACAGCCACGCCAGCUGCAGAGUGGAGGGCUCGAAGGCCCUGCCCGCUGGGGAUGGCUGCCACAGGGAGCAGGCUGGAGGCUGGAGAAGACUGGUGGGAGCCCACCCCCACCUGCAGGGUGUCCUGCUGCUGGCCAGCGCCGUGGUGGCGCAUGCCGGCCACCACCUGCGAGGCCCGUUCGCGGACUUGCUGCCCCAGCUGCGCAGCGCGGAAGACGCACAGCGCCGCACGGCUACGGCCUUCCUCACCGGAGCGAGCCCGCUUCCAGGAUGCGUGCGGCCCGGCCGGCACAGGAACGCGAGCGUGCUGACCUCCGCCCGCCGCACGGCUUCUGCGGUCGGGCUCCUCGGGACGCUGGCACGGCCGGCGGGGCUCCGGGUGGGGCUCCACGGCCCCCUGCGGAAGCUGGUGCUGCAGAGUCUUGUGCCGCUGCUGUUGUGGCUGUACGACCCCAGCCGGGACACCGGUGAGAGCUCAGAGUGGACCCCGGCCCUCUGUGACCAGGCCCUGAGCUGGGGCCUGCUGGAGGAGAUGCCCACCGUGGCCCACUGCGACCGCCCCGAGGCCCGAAGCCGCGUCUGCCACCGCCUGGUUCAGUGGUACCCAAGUCACGUGCCCCGCUUCCUGAGCCAGACCCAGGGCUACCUGCGGAGACCCCAGGACUCCCUGCGCUGGGCAGCUGCUGUGCUCACGGGGAAGGCAGUCCUGGUGUCACACUGUCCCUUGCACCUAGGGCUCUGGGAGCUGGGCCAGCCCCUCCCUGCUGUGGGCCUGGGCUCAGCAGGAGCCUGGCGGAGCUCUGUGGCCGCCCCCAUGAGCAGAAGGAAGCCUGGCCCCCACUGCUGCAGCCCAGGAGCCAGAAGCUGGGGAGGCUCCAAGCGGAUCAGUGCUGCCAUAGCCCUGCUCCCAGGCCAGCCUGCUGAGGGAGGGGGCCAGGAGCCCGGCCAUGUGGCUGCUCACAACGGAGUGAUCCGGUGCAGCACAGGGAAUGCCCCCUCAGUCCCACGGGAGAGAUGCCUGCUGUCAGCCCCCAGGUCCCUCCGCAUGUGA